AUGGGUGACUUUGUCAAUGGCCAAAAGGUCAAUGCUGAUUCCGAGAACGGUGAUCGACAUGACGGAUCCAAUGGCCAGCCGAACUGGGUGCCAGUUGGUGAUCAGCCCCUGUUCACAGAGAAAAAGCUCAGAGUGGUAUGCGUCGGCGCGGGAUUUGCGGGGUUGAUGGUGGCGUACAAAUGGAAACACCAAUUCCAGAUGGACAGUUUCAUCGACUUGGCCAUCUAUGAAAAGAAUGCAGAUGUCGGAGGAACGUGGCUGGAAAAUCAGUAUCCAGGAGUGGCGUGCGAUGUUCCAGCACAUAUCUACACGUUCUCGUUUGAACCAAACCCCGAUUGGUCAUCGUUUUAUGCAUCAGGUCCUGAGAUCUGGCAAUACAUCAAAAGAACGACGAAGAAGUACAAUCUCGACGAGCGGGUUCACCUCAAUUCAAAGGUGCUCUCUACAAUCUGGGAUGAUACCAAGGGAAAGUGGAUCAUCCAAGUGGAAAGCAACGGGGGAAUCAAGCAUGACGAGGCAGAUAUUCUGAUCAACGGCGCGGGUAUUCUCAACAAAUGGCAGUGGCCAGAUAUCAAGGGACUGCAUUCCUUCCGUGGAAAUCUCAUUCAUAGCGCCUCAUGGGACACAACAACGGACUGGAUUGGGAAGCGAGUUGCAGUCAUAGGCAACGGCUCGUCGGCGAUUCAGAUGGUACCCAAGAUGCAGCCAGAUGCAGCCAAAAUCGUCAACUAUGUUCGCAGCGCCACCUGGAUAUCGGCCAACUACGCAGCAGAGUUUACGCCAGAAGGUAAGAACUUUCAAUAUACGGAAGAACAGAAGAGGAACUUUCGAGAAAAUCCCAAGGAGCUGUGGAAAAUGCGAAAGGACAUCGAGCACGGCUUCAACCAAUUCUUCUAUGCUUUGCUCAAUGACAGCCCCCAGCAGGAGGCUGUUCAGAAAGCCUUCACGAGCAGCAUGGAGGAGCGUCUCAACUAUGAUCCGAAACUGUGCGCCAGCCUGAUACCAUCUUGGAAGGUUGGAUGCCGUCGCCUUAGCCCAGGAGAGGGAUACCUCGAGGCACUCCAGGAAUCAAACGCAUCAGUCGAGUUCGGCAACAUCGAGCAGAUCACGGAAAAGGGUAUUCAAGUUGGAGGUUCUGUUGAGGAAUUUGACAUCAUAGUCUGCGCAACGGGCUUUGAUGUGAGCUUCUCUCCAUUCUGGGAGUUGCAGGGAAAGGAUGGCGUUCGUCUGGCCGAUCAAUGGCGAGAGACGCCAGAAGCAUAUUUCGGCAUCUGUGCUCCAAACAUUCCCAACUAUUUCAUCUUCAACGGGCCGAAUUGCCCAGUCGGGCAUGGAAGUCUGCUGGCCGUCAUGGAGUGGACGGCUGAAUGGGUUUUGAAGUGGUGCAGAAAAAUUGCCACCGAGGAUAUCAAAUCUGUGAUGGUGGAUUCUCAGGCUACUGAUGACUAUAACGUCUACUCGCAAGAGUUCUUAAAAACUACAGUUUGGUCCAGUGGUUGCCGCUCCUGGUAUAAGAACGGCAAGACGGAUGGAAAGGUAACGGCCAUGUAUGCUGGCAGUAUCUUGCACUACAAGGAGAUGUUGGAAAGCUUCAGGACUGAAGACUUCUCCUUCGAAUACAAAGGGCCGAACAGGUUUAGGUUCAUGGGAAAUGGUUUGACAAAUCGAGAGGCAAGGGGCGAGAACCUUUCCUUUUAUCUCGAGAAAUGA